GAGAUACCAAAGUUCCCCUAUGCCUCCUACAAUGAGAAGUAUCCACCUGGCAAGCGCACAAAAGAUAAGCCACGUCCAGCUUGGGCUCCUGAAGAUUUUGUUGAGCAUAGCUUCUUGUCCACGAGACCCACCCCAUUUGAGCUGCGCAAUCUCUUUAAGCAAGUGCGUAAUCAUUUCGAGAAGCUAUCACCUGUGACCAUUGAAAGUGAAUCUGAAAAGUUUGACAAAGCCCACAGCACAAGAUACCCCUUACCUCCCCCUGCCACAGAGAAAGAAGACACUUACCAUAUAGUGCGAAUACGGACCCACCAUCGUUUCAAGCACAGUGCGCGUCAGAGAGUUAUCAUGGAGUUCCUAUGUCAAGUUCUAUGAUGGUGUGCUGGAGGAUGUGGAGAAAUUCUUGGUUGCGCUUUAUGGAAAACAUAAUUCGAAGCCAUCCAAAGAAGGCCGUUUGGUGUUUGAGACGAUCUUCGUACUCCUUGGCGAAUGCCCUCGGUUUGGUCCCUUAGAAGAAGAUUCUUGCUGUUCUAUUCUGUUCUGGGACAGAGCUCUGGCUAGGUGCAUUGCUGUUGGGCGGUUGUUUGAUUUGAUCAAAAACUGGAGAAGCCUGUCUUACACAACAUUCUGUUUAUUAUUACUGCUCUUGGAGGAGAGCCUGGUUGCCAAAAUCAAACAAGAACUGCGUGAGGAUGAGACUGAUCUUGGUGCUUUGAUUGAGGAAGUGGAGGAGAACCGUGCUGUGUUGGGAAGGAGAUUUGAAGCCAUCUUUGUGAGC